AUGGAAGAAUUUCAGGAAACACACGCACAAGAUUCCACACUAUUGGCAAUAAAUAGCGAAAACAAUGUUAGAGAAGAUCCAAAACAGGAAUUUUAUGUUAAAGCACAAAAAUACUGGUCAGAAGUUCCUCCCACGGUGAAUGGUAUGCUUGGCGGCUUGGGCUAUAUCAAUGCCGUUGACAUACAAGGAUCCACCAGCUUCCUGCGUGAAUUGAAAAUUAAAGAUAUGCAGAAAAAAUAUGCCUUAGACUGUGGUGCUGGUAUUGGUCGGGUGACAAAAAAUCUCCUAAUGCCUCUAUUCGAAAAAGUCGAUCUUGUUGAACAGGAUCCCACAUUUGCUGAGAAGGCAAGAGAUUAUUGUGUAACGGAUAUGGGUUCUACACUUGGUUAUCCCAAACGUUUGGGAGAAAUCUAUAAUGUGGGAUUGCAACAGUUUAUACCCACACCACAGAAAUAUCAUGUGGUAUGGUCACAAUGGGUUUUGGGUCAUUUGACCGAUGAAGAUUUGCUGAAGUUUUUCAAACGUAUCAAAAUCGGUCUCGCUGAUGGUGGGCUGUUUGUUAUGAAAGAGAAUGUAACAUCAUCGAAUAAAACGGACAUAGAUGAUGGAGAUUCUUCGGUGACUAGACCGCUGAGUGAAUAUGAAAAAUUCCUUAAAGAGGCUGGCUAUCGCAUUAUAAAAAUGACCAAGCAAAAGAAUUUACCCAAAGGAUUGUAUCCAGUGUGUAUGAUUGCAUGUCGUCCUGUGGCAAAAAGCGAUUAA